GUCCCUGCCUCUUUUAUAACUUGCCACCGUCGUGUGCGGAUCGUGAAGUGCUCCCUGCUAACGUCAAACUUCUCAACAAAAAUGGCAUCAAACGGCGGAAAACUUCCCUACAAAGUUGCUGACAUCUCCUUGGCGGAGUUCGGUCGCAAGGAGAUCGUUCUGGCCGAGCAUGAGAUGCCUGGCCUGAUGGAGAUGAGGAAGAAGUAUGGUUCCACCAAACCCCUGAAGGGAGCCCGCAUCGCUGGCUGCCUGCACAUGACCAUUCAGACAGCUGUCCUCAUAGAAACACUGACGGAGCUUGGGGCUGAGGUUCAGUGGUCCAGCUGUAACAUCUUCUCCACCCAAGACCACGCGGCGGCCGCCAUGGCCAAGGUUGGCGUCCCCGUCUAUGCCUGGAAGGGCGAGACUGACGAGGAGUACAUCUGGUGCGUUGAUCAGACCAUUGUCUUCCCUGACGGACAGCCCCUCAACUUGAUCCUCGACGACGGCGGGGAUCUCACCAACCUGGUGCACGAGAAAUACCCACAGUUUCUACCAGGCAUCAAGGGUCUGUCUGAAGAGACCACCACCGGUGUCCACAACCUGUACAAGAUGAUGAAGGAAGGCAAACUGAAAACACCAGCCAUCAAUGUCAACGAUUCCGUCACAAAGAGCAAAUUCGACAACCUGUACGGCUGCCGCGAGUCCCUCGUCGAUGGCAUCAAGCGAGCGACGGACAUCAUGCUUGCCGGCAAGGUCUGCGUGGUGGCCGGGUACGGCGACGUCGGCAAGGGGAGCGCCCAGUCGCUGAGGGCGUUUGGCGCUAGGGUCCUGAUCACCGAGAUUGAUCCCAUCAUCGCCCUUCAGGCAGCUAUGGAAGGCUAUGAAGUUACCACGAUGGACGAUGCCUGCUCCAGGGCUAGCAUCUUCGUCACGGCAACGGGAUGCGCCAACAUCAUCACCGCGGAGCACUUCCCGAAGAUGAAGGAGAAUGCCAUCAUCUGCAACAUCGGUCACUUUGACUGCGAGCUGGACCUCCAGUGGCUUGAGGACAACGCUACCAAGGAUAACAUCAAACCCCAGGUUGACCGCUUCACUCUUCCCAGCGGCCGUCACCUGAUCGUCCUGGCCGAGGGUCGUCUGGUCAACCUUGGGUGCGCCAUGGGUCAUCCCAGCUUUGUUAUGUCCAACUCCUUCACCAACCAGGUGCUGGCCCAGAUUGAGCUGUGGACCAAGUCUGACCAGUACCCUCUGGGUGUCUACAUGCUGCCCAAGAAGCUUGACGAGGAGGUUGCUCGUCUCCAUCUCGACCACAUCGGCGUCAAGUUGACCACUCUCACCAAGAAGCAGUCAGAGUACCUUAGCAUGCCGGUAGAAGGCCCCUACAAGCCGGAGUUCUAUCGCUACUAAGACGGGAACCAGGACAGGGACGGCGCCACGAGACUUACUGACGUCACACCUGUGUUGACUGCACUGCAUUCUGGGAGCUAGGUGGGGGGACAUGUGGGGAAUAGAUACAUUAGGCUCCGCCCACUCUCUCCCUCUUCAAUGCCACGCUGCGUGUUCCUAACACAGCACCAAGCUUCUAGAAUGCAAUGGAGUGAACAUCGGGUCUCGGAAUGUCUUUCUUGACUUUUGUUUUUCCUAUGGAAUUAUACAACUGAGCUUAGUCUGUUCAGGGUACAUUUGUUACCAAAGAACUAACUGAUUUGAAACUCUAGUAAACCUACGAUUAGGAGAAAACGUUUAUUUGACACCAAUGCUGAACUCGUGUAAAACUUGGAAAUUAUUGAUAAUCAUUAACAUAGCAACCGGGAGACGGUCUCGUCAAGCAAUAUAAAACAUUGUUGCCAUGGUUACCAAUGAAUAGCCAAAUCCAAUGUGCAUGUCAAUUGCUGUUCAGGCCAUUUUCUCGGUUAUCCUGAAAGUUUGUGGUUUGUAAAGGGCGCCCUCAACAAUAAUACAUGAUGAAAACGCAACUGGGCUUUGAUUGUACUGUGAUCUACAAUGUAUUCAUUCCUGUAUGGUUGUAACUAUUCUGUUCGUGAACAUUUUGGAAUGAUGCAACUUGAGUAGAUACUUACCUACCAUACCCCCCCCCCCCCAUAGAUUUUAGAUUUUCAUUCGAGUUGGUUUACUGAUAUGCUUGAAGUUUUCAGAGGUGACCAUAAGUUGCACUGUUUUAGCAGCUUCAGUUUUAGUCCUAGCAGCUUUUAACCGCUUUUGUGUUUUCCACUUAAAACAUUUUUGAUAUAUGAAAAAAGCCUUGAUCUGGUGGAUGUUUUGUAUUCCAGAGUUUGUGUACCUAAGUGAUUGAAAAUCAACGUAGUCUUUGUUUUGAAAAGUGUUUUAUUUCAUGAUUUACUUCAUACACAGCAAAUUAUAUUAACAAAUUUGAAUUAAUUAUUCAAAUCAUGA